AUGUCGGACGUGGUGAUAAACUGGCGUCCAAAUCAAGGCGACUCUCACCGUGAUUUCUAUGUUAAUAGGCAAAGAAGCCCAGAAAAGGCACGUAGAAUGGAGUACGAGACGAUCAACGUUCGGCUACAAAGAUCCAAUCCAGCCAUACCAUGGGGCUUCUCUUUUGGACAAAGUGGCAGUAAUGUCAUUGUGGAUAAUGUAAGAUUGUUUUUAAUACGGAUCCUGGUUUUGGUUUUAAUCGUAGUCCUGGACCUAGUCAUAAACUUAGACUUGGUUUUGGUCUUUGUUCUGGUCUUGGUCCUUGUCCUGGUCCUGGUCCCGGCCUUGGUCCUAGGUCUAGUCUUGGUUUCGAUAUUGGUUCCAGCUUUAGCCUUAGCCCAGAGCUUCAGCCCAGAGCCCUAGCCUAGAGCCAAAACCCAGAGCCUUAGCCCAGAGCCCUAGCCCGGAGCUGUAGCCCUAAGCCCUAGGCUAACGCUGGCUGUGAUCCUGGCCGCGGCCCUGGACUUGGACCUAAACUUAGACCUACACCUGAGCCAGGACGUAGAUUUGGAUCUGGCCCUGGGCCUAAAUUUAGGACUUGCCCUCACCCGUGCCAUAGCCAGAUCCCUAGUUUUAGACCUAUCGCUAACCUAAUAUACAUGAUGUAUUUUCAGGUAGAACCAAACAGUAUGGCCGAAAAAGCCGGCUUAUUUGCUCAAGAUAUUGUUGAAGAAGCGUUCAACAAAAAAGUCAGCCUAAAUGAUGUAAACCAGAAAAUUCAAGAGGCUUUGGAAGUGACGUUGCUUUUGAAACGGCAAAUUGAUGAAAGAGCCUAUCCUUAUGGCUUACCAUUAGUUGGGGCUUUCGAAAAAAUCGAGGAAUUCGACAAAAGUGGAAAGCUGAUCAAAGAAUACGAAAAAGUGAGUCAUCUUACAGACUUGGCCCUUCUGGGUAUCAAAUUUCUUUUUUUCUUAAGACUAUUUUAAAAAUGUCAACAUUAUAGUAAGACAUGGGUAGGGUAAGGUAGGAUAAGUUAAGGAAAGUACUGUAGGGUAAAAUACAGUAGAGUAAGGUAGGUUAAUAAAGUGAAAAACAAAAUUUUAAAAAAAUUCAAAAUUAAAAUUUUAAAAAUUAUAGGCUUUACCAAUUACUGACUCAUACGACACCAAAUUUCCCACAAAUCAACCAUCAAAAGGCCCUACUCAAGCAACACCAGCCAAAACUCCACCUCCCACAUUGCCCAAACCCAAGACCCCUACCCCGCAACAACAGCAACCUCAGCAACAACAACAACUUCAACAACAAAAACAACCCCAUCAACCCUACCCUUACACUCAACCCGAAGAACAACUGACCACAAGUGAUUACGGUACUUUGCCAAAGGCGGGUGCACCUCAAAACAUUCAAAAAUAUGUCAAAACUACCACAACUUUAAGCGGUCAACCUGAAUUUGUCAACAACACAACCGUUGCCAAUUUGAACCCCGGAGGACUGACUUUCAAUGACACUACUGAGCACAGUGAAGCUAGUUCAAACUGGGACAAGAAUGAAGGAAACGUUCGGCGACACUUUGAAUCGAGUCGUAGUUAUACCAAAACUGAAAGUUGUACUACUAAGCCUAUUGAACUUCACGAUUUGAAUGUGCCAAAUGGCGUGAAUGUUCACCAAGCUAAUGGUUGUUUAGCUAAUGGAUCGGCUGGUAAGGCUGGUGGCCUGAGUGGGCCAGGUUUUGGUGGUCAAGGUUAUGGGUAUCAAGGAUCACAAGUCGGAAAACCCGCUGCUUAUCAAACUGGCCAACAAAACCUACCUACUGGAUAUAGCCAACAAGUUGCUGGGCUAGAUCUAGAGCCCACAACAAAGACUUAUGUUACUCAAAGUCAGACUAACAUCUCUAGAAGUAGUGGCCCGGUUAUUGCUCAAAGUGCUGUUGGAUAUAGUAUUGAACAUCAAGGUCAGUCAGUACAACGAGGUCAAAAUGCAGCGCCAGGUCAGCAGAAGUUUGCACAACCUCAGCAACAAGGCCAACAAUCAUUUUCGCAACUUCAACAACAAGGUCAGCAGCAACCUCAAGUACCUAAGAACCAACCAUUAUCGCAAGUCCCAGCUCAACAACAAGCUUUACAACAGUCUGACGCUCCUAGCCAACAACCUUUAACUCAACAGCCACCUCAAGUACCACCUCAUCAGCAGCUUGUACAACAACCGUUAGCUCAACAACCUUAUGAAAUCAAGCAACAGCUGACUCAAACACGCAGUGCUCCAAUAAGAAGUUCAUCACAAGCCAACGAACAACAUCAACGAGUAAGGUCCCCACCAAUCCACCGUACCAACAGCUAUGACCAAAAGGUGAUUCGAAGUCAGGCUGACAUUAUUUACCCAGAAGAAGAUGUUGACUUCUACUCUUCGUACUAUGAGAAUCAACAGCUUUCUUCCAGUUACAAUCCUGAACAACAACAAUAUUCAAGUUAUAGCAGUAGCAAUGUUCAUGGAGUAAGACAAGCUCAACCACAGAGUCAGGGAAUUCAUAGAACUUCAAGUUAUCAGCCCAACGAUAGCUAUGACUUGAGACAGUAUCAACCGCAAAUUGGGCAGAAGGUUAGCCAGCUACCGCCACAGCAAUCUUAUGGCUUUGGCCAACAAAGUCAAGGACAAGCUUCUCAAGUACAACAAGAAAAAACUUAUGGUGUUGUCCCACCCCAAGCUCAAAGACCACCCCAGCAACAGCAACUCCAGCAACAACAACCUCAAAGAGCACCACAACAACGACAACCCCUACAACAUCAAAAAUCACUACCUCAAAUAUCGCCUCAAAAACAAGCCCUUCAACAACCACACGUCGAAUUCCGUCCAAGUCGCCCUGCCCCUCAACGACAACCUCAACAAGUCCACGAACUGUCUCAGUUCGAUCCGCAAACCUUUAAAAAUCAACCAAUCACCGGCCAGAAAAUCAUCAGCUAUCAUGCUAAGCCAACGGAGAAGAUUACUAACUAUGAGUACGUAGACUACAAGCCUGGAGAGGGUUACCCGAAGUUUGUUAAUGAUGAAGAGCAACAGAAAUCAGAAGUUAGAAGAGGAGUUCUUGCACGUAGCACUAGUUAUGGAGGACACCAGGCUCAAGGUGGGCAACGACAGUCUCAGCAAGUGCCACAAGGUCAAUCACAACACCUUUCACAAGGUCAAAGACCUCAACAAGCACAAGCUCAAGUACUAGGACAACAACCAGGACAUCAUCAACAGCCACAAGAUUAUCAACAAAGUCCACAGUUGGCUCAGCAAUAUCAAUCUUCAAGACCAACAAAGGAUUACACAGACCAAUUAUAUGCCGCUGACACUGCUGUACCACCUUCAGUACCUCAACAAGGAUUGAAACAAUAUGAACCACACGUUCAAUUUACUGACGAAGCUGAUGAUGACUAUGUUGAUGUCCAACAAGGUCAGCAACGACAAGGACUUGGUGUUCAAAGACAAGGAUUUGAUGUUCAAAGACAAGGUAAUGGCUCCCCCGUAAAGCAAGUACAAGGCUCACAGGUAAGAAGAGCUCAAACCUCACCAACUCGCCAAGGGCAACAAGUAUCACCAGUACGUCAAGUAAAUGGCUCACAUCAAUCACAAGGCUAUGGUCAAGGGUCAGGUCAAUCGCCUGUCAGAAGACCGCCUUCUGUAGCUGCGAAAUCUAAAGCUGGUUUACAACAUGUUGCAACACAAAGCGACGGUAAUCAAAAUCAAGGUCAAUAUCAGCAACCACCACAAGUUAGCCAACAGUAUCAUCCAGAACAACAACAUGGUGUUCAACAACGGGGGCAGGAACAACAGCUCCAUCAUCAACAAGGCAGAACACCUCAACAAAUUCUAAGCCGUACUCAAGUAUCACAGCAACGUCAACAACAAUAUCAUCCACAAAUGACUCGAUCGGUCACACUUGAUAAUGACACUUGGAAUGGGUAUAACGGACAUAAUUACCCUUAUGAUCCCAAUGCUCAUCUAAACCUUGAAACAACCAAACAUCAGGCUAAUAUUCAACAAAGCCAACAACAACCCCCAAAGCCCCAGCAAAGACCUCAAUUACCCCUAAACACUCAACAUGGCAUAGCAGGCAACAAGUAUUACAACGAAAAACAGUUGUCAACUAGUGGUUAUGAUAAUGUUGAUAACGAAGAAAAUGAGCAGGAAAGACACAGUAGAUAUGAAGCUUACUUAAAGCAGCUGAUUCAAAACAAACUUCCAGUAACUCAUUUCGUGCAAAGCCCGGAUGGUACAUGGGUUGAUCAAGAUACGGCACAAGCUAUGGGAAUCAAUUACAACACUAAUCCUAGGACUCGGGCAGGUAGGUAUUGACUAUAACAGCUUUUAUAUACUUGGUUUUAGUAAAUUUAGGCUUAGUAGGUUUAGGCUUAGUAGGGUUAGGCUUAGUAGAUUUAGGCGUUGUAGACUUAUGCUUGGUAGACUUACAUGGGAAGGUACUUAAAUCAGAAAUCGACUUUGGGACGAGACCUAUAUAUUAUGAAAGCUCUGUGCUCACUGAGUACGAAUCUGGAAGCCGUUUUUCCGUAUGGCUCUUCGUUUUCGAGAAAAUCGACGUUAAAGUUUGACCCAAAUCGCAUUAAAAACCGCUCCGCAAAGGCUCUCGCAAAAAACGAAAGAGAAGCAAGUAGCGGCGUGGCGCAGCGGUAGAGCGCUUGCCUUCUAGUUUUGACCAUGCAGGUUCGACUCCGGGCAGUCUAGUUUUAUUUUGCAACAAGUUUCAAACCAACAAAAUUUUGAAAUACUUUAUUUUAACUGCAUAAAUGUAAUCAUUUUUGUUAAUUUAUUUUUAAAAUAAUUUUUAUUUAAGCUUUAAAAUUAAUUCUUUAAAAGUUUUGGUGCUCAUCCAAAAUAGCCCCCUCCUACCCAUACCAUUUUAACCCCCCGCCGAUGUCAACCAGAACAUACUCCUAAAAUUCAUUUUCAAAAAGCAAAAACCAAAAAGCAAAUUGAAAUUUCUUUUUCUGCUCUUGCGAUUUCUCACAUAAAUUUCAAUUCGCAUAAAAUUUUGAACUAAUAUUUCCAUUUUACUUCGCACCCCCAUCAUUGUAGUUUACACCCCCUACGCUGUAGUUCGCACCCCCGCCCACUGUAGAUAGUGCCCCCACCCAGUGCAGGUAGCACCCCCACCCACUGUAGAUCGCAACCCCACCCAUUGUAGAUAGCACCCCCACCCACUGAUCGCACUCUCAUCCAAUGUAGUUCACACCCGCCAUUCACCGCCCUGGCCAGUCAGCAGACCAGCACUCUCUCGCGCGACCCUCAACCUUCAACUCCGGACAUUGCCGAUAUGGCAAUUUUUGACUAAACAAAAUAAAAGUUGCAAAACGAUUUAAUGUUUCGUUAUGAUUUGCAUACAUUUGCAUAAUAGAAACUUGUUGCAAAAUGAAACUAGACUGCCCGGAGUCGAACCUGCAUGGUCAAAACUAGAAGGCAAGCGCUCUACCUCUGCGCCACUCCGCUACUUGCUUCUCUUUCGUUUUUUGCGAGAGCCUUUGCGGAGCGGUUUUUAAUGAGAUUUGGGUCAAACUUUAACGUCGAUUUUCUCGAAAACGAAGACCCAUACGGAAAACGGAUUCCAGAUUCGUACUCAGUGAGCACAGAGCUUUCAUAAUAUAUAGGUCUCGUCCCAAAGUCGAUUUCUGAUUUAAGUACCUUCCCAUGUUAGGCUUAGUAGGCUCAGGCUUAGUCUCAAGUGUCUUAAAGUAAAAAUAAAAUUGCAGCCUACUCCCAAUCCCCAGUCAGCUGGUUCGACUCAACUUCAAAUAUGAUUAGCGAGCAACCUAGAUCCUUCUAUGAUCCUCCACUGGCAGAAGAGGAACUUCCUCGCCAGAGAAGACAUUUCAGUCAAUCACCAGUUAAGUAUCGACCAGGUGGCGGUCGAAAUGGAGGCAGAAGCGGUUUUGAAAGAGCUGGAGGGCUUCAGCCUUAUCAACAAGGUACACAUUCUUAAUUUUUUACCACGCCCUACCGUACCCUGCCCUACCCUACCUUACCCUAAAGUGAAAAUAAAAAUUUUCAGCCCUAACCCAAUCCCAAGGACCUCACUACCGAGCUGGAGGUCAUGAUAAAAGUGUCAAAUUUGCUGAACCUACUCAGCUUGGAGCCAAAAACAAUGUUGUACAUCAACAGUAUAACUCACCACUCAAUUUAUAUUCUGCCGAAUCAGCAGAAGAAGCCUACCGACAACAGUUGGGUCAGAUGAAGAUCGGCGAUCCUCAGUAAGUUGGUCUACAGCUUUUUAUCUUUUAAUUUUUUUGAGUUUUACUCAUAGUUAGCUUGUAAAACAUGGUAAUAUAUAAACACGGUAAUAUAUAAUUAGGUAUGGCAUAGAGCUAUUGCUGUUGAAAUAUCACUUUAAAAACCAUAUAUUUCAGGCAAAACCGGUCAAACCAACCCUCAUAUUUAACUUCACCUACCCGUCAGUACAUUACUGAAGAAGAAUCUGGCUUAAGCCAUCCUUAUUCUGGUCCACAACAAAGUUCAAGCUUAAAAAGACUUGCACAUAAUGUUGGUCGAGCACUAUAG